AUGGCAAACGAGGAAUAUUCCUGCUUCUGUCAAGCGUUUAGUCCAUCGGGAUCACGAAUAUCUCUAAGAUCCCUGCCCCCAAAAAAACCAUUUCAUGAGGAAGCAACAAUUAGACGGGAAUCUGCGAAAUCUCGAGUGGAUGAUUGGUCUGAAGUAUCUUAUUUGUCAUCCAGAAAUUCAGGCGCUGACGCCUUAAGGCACAGCAUUCAGUCGACAUUGUCAGAGAUUGAGUCGUUUUCCAGAAACAAUGGCGUUACUUUUGUUAGUCAUGAAGAUUCUAUUCUCAACGAUAUUCAUCAACAACAAAUAGUUGAUGCCCAGACAAUGGCAUCGACACUGCCGCCUGAGGAUGAUCAUGAGGCAAGGCUAUCAUCCACAACCACCAACCAAGACAGUAGUAGUAUACCAUCAUAUCAGUGGCUACAUACGGAACGGGCACAUAAACCGUUGGCGAUACAAACCAAACAGCCAAUUUUAGAUGAUACGACAAUCGCUUGGAUCCGAGGACAAGCCCAUUCCAUCUGGAACGACGCAUCGAAAACGGUCGAAUCUCGUUUUACCUACCAACGCAAGGGGAAUUAUGAAGUACACCUGUCGGACUUGAUAGAGCAAGGAUCAAACGUAAAUGCAAGACGAGAAAUCCGUCAAGCCCUUCAGCAAAAAAUAUAUCCUCUGGUUCGCGAAGCCUUUGGUACUUCGCUCGCCGAUGAUCCUUGUAGUUUGCAGUUUUGUGUGUACGAUGCCAUUGUCAUUCGAUACAACGCUACCGAAGCUGGACUGUGUGAGAAUACAAUAGAAUCCGUGACUUUCGAAACUAAACUGGGAGCAGGUCAGCCUCUUCAUCGUGAUCUGGGCCUCGUGUCAGUUAAUGUCAUGCUGAAUAGUCCAAAUGAAUUUGAAGGUGGUGGAACCUUUAUGGAAGAUCAACUACAAGAUCUGCUGUGGGAAUCGUCUACUCGGAAGGAUGAAGAAGUAGACCAAAAUUCAUUACCACUUCCGCUGAAACCAAUGGGCGGUCCAGGGCAUGCACUGUUGCACCUUUCCAGUGACCGUCAUGCUGGAGCCAGUACCCGACGUGGAGUUCGAGACAUCUUGGUCUUCUUUCUGACAGCUUCAAAGACGGCAACAGAUCUCGACAAGGACCAGUAUUCCACGCCCUUGCUGGAACAAGCGGCGCGUUUGAAGUCUACAGCUCGAGCCCAGUGUGAAAAAUGUUUGGUCAAGUCUAUUAGUUUUGACGAGUCAUGCAAGAGUGCGAUUUGGCAACCAUUGGCAUCGGCCAUUUGUCGAGCCAAGUAUCAGCAUUUGGCCAUCCAAGCAAUUCCCACCGAUGGGGAAGCCUGGCAAUAUUUGGGCAUGGCACUAUGCGACAUUCAGCAAACACUUGGCAUGUUCAUCAUGGCAAAGGAACAAAGUGGUCUGGAGUUGGUAUCAGGCUUGGAUGUAGUGCUCGAAUAUCAGCAACGACUUGUGCAGCUGUCAAUUUCGAUAUUGGAAAUGGCGAAACAGUUUACGCCGUGCGAUGCUCGAGUUUGGCACAACCUUGCUUGGGUACUGGAUCAGACUACUGGCUUGACCAACAAACCGGAAAUUGACCACGAAAUACAGUCAAACUAUUCUCGAGCAAUGGAACUGCACCAAGCCUUUCAACAAGCAGGCUGCGACGUCGGUAUUGACUAUGAUUCUACCAUUCUAAACUAUGGUCUCUAUCUUGCUAAUGAAGACCACUUUUCCAAAGCUGUGAAAGUCUUGGAACUGAUACGACCGUCUGCGCUUCAAGUCCAACAACAGAUGAUGGAACAAAAAUCCCAAACACAACAGGAGCAAAAGCUCCAACAAAGGUUCGGACUGAUACAGGACGCCCAACGGUUACUUUCAUAUUGCCAACGGCAGCUAUCAUAA